UGUUUUUUCCUCGUUUAACAGAACAACAAUUUUGGCGUGCCCUUGCAGCGCCCUCUCGUCCUUAUUUUAUCUAUGGGCGUCCUCAUCUAAGCCUUCAUUUUCAACUUUAUUUUUCCUCAAAAACAGUUCCUCACCGGGACUAUUCUCACAGUGUCCGUUGGAUUUUCUGUCUACGAUGUUGAUGCUGCCCGGCCGGUCAUAAACAACAAGCGCAAAUUCAGCCCAGCAGAGAGGAGGAGUUUGUGGAGAUGUGGAGGAGGAUUGGCCUUACGCAACACUCAUUACGCAAUCUUUUAGGUAAACGGGAAGGAAAGGACUUUGAAAAAAAGGCUGCUGUUGCUCUGAGGUCAGGUCAAAUAUGGUGGUGGCGCUGUAGGGCGGCAUGUUUUGGUCGCAUUCCUCCAAGUAUACAAUGCUGAAGCGACAAUUAUUAAAUUUAUUAUUUUUUUGAAGGGAAGGGGAAGGAGUUGAAAGCUCGAAUUAUUUAAACUUUUUUUGAAAGACAUCUGUGUUCUUUUAAAUUGUUGAUAUCCAAAUGA